GCAUGGAGGUGUCAGCGGAUCCCGGGCCGAGUGAUCGUUUUGUCCUGACAUUGCAGGCCACACGCAUGAGUCAGGAUGUGUGGCGUGGCCUCGAUGUUCAGGUGGAUAGGUGCCGCGAGCACCUCCGUGGUUUGUCGCACGUGCAGGUGGACGACAGAGUACUUGCAUAUGUUCGUGCUGCGGGUUUUUAUUAUCUGCAUAGAUUGGAUGCUAUUGUCCCUCUCGAUAGAGCGCUACUCACUGCUCUUCUUGAGCAUUGGAGGCAGGAGACGCACAAAUUUCACCUCCCUGUUGGUGAGGUGCCAGUGACCUUGGGAGAUGUUGUUGUACUGACUAGGUUAGAGGUGGAUGGGAGAGCUGUUACUGGUACUGCUUGUCGACAGUGGGUUGAUGAGUGUGAGCAUUUGUUGGGUGUUUGCCCCCUUCUUCGGGCUGACCUUCAGGGGUCAUCUCUGAGAAUGUCAUGGUUGAGGGAGCAUUUCGUUGUUCUUCUUCUGGACGCUGAUGAGGUGAUGAUCAAGCAACAUGCACGGGCUUAUAUUUUGAGGAUGAUGGGAGCUUCCAUUUUCGCUGACAAGAGCGGAAAUGAGAUUCAGGUGUUGUACUUGCCUAUGCUAGAGAUGUUUGAUGUAGCAGCACAGUUCAGUUGGAGUAGUGCCACGCUGGCUUAUCUCUAUAGACAUCUGUGUCGCGGCUGCCAGAGCGGGAGCACGGAGCUUGGAGGAUUUUUGCUUCUUCUCCAGAUUUGGUCAUGGGAGUACAUCCACAUUGGGCGUCCCAUUAGAGUGGCAUACCAUGGCAUUGAUGGACACCCACUGCCUGAUGAGCCUCCAUAUAUGCUGGGACCACAUCAUAUGGCUAUUUGUUGAUCUAUGUCGCACAUCAUCGGCUUCUGGGCUCGGUGUCUACAAGGAUGCAUUUGAUCGAAUGUCUGAGGAUCAGAUUACAUGGAUGCCUUAUACAGCUGAGAUGUUUGCAGAGUUGCCCCCCGCUGGACGAGAGCAUUCUCACAUAUGGCGAGCAUGUGUGUCGUUGAUAUGUUUUGACAUUUUUUAGCUUCAUUUUCCUGAUCGUGUAUUGUGACAGUUUGGGUAUGAGCAUGUCAUUCCAGCACCUAUCGACACAUAUGUAGAGCUUCAUAGGCUGGAUAGGCGUGGGAAGCAUAGGGAGGAUUGGGCACUCAGACAUGUCCAAUACGUCACUAUGUGGGAGAGGCGAGCUGAGCUUGUUGUGGCUGGGACACCGACAUUAGUCCCAUCUGUUUCGGGAGACUACAUGGGAUGACACGAGCUUUGCAACAUAUACAUCAGCGGGUUACUGCCACAGUGAGUGAUACGCAUGACGUGGACAUGUACGGACAGGCUCUGACGGGCAUUGCCUCCUUGUGUUCAUAUGUGUUGGGGCGAGUCGACUACGGCCAUCUUAUACAUAUGCCCCCAUCUCAGGAUAUGGCAUCGACAUCUAGUGCAGCGACAGCUUCAUCAUCCCAGACUCAGCAUGAGAGAGUGGUUCUUCAACCACGACAACUGCGUAGGCGUAGGAAGCAACAACAAUAUGUCCAUGACCAAGACGAUCAAGAAGACCAUGAGAACUUCUACUUUGUCUUUUGUAUUGGAGUUUUUCUUGUACACUGGAUGUUGUAGGAACAAUUCACUUUAUUUUACGUAUUUCCACCUGCAAACUUUUUAUGAUGUGUUGAUGUGUUCGGUUUUGAAUAUUAGAUGAAUGUACUGUGUUAUGAAUAUUGGAUGAUUGUACUGUG